AUGUCGGCUGAAAACGUGCACCUCCUCGUCCUCGUCCACGGCAUGUGGGGCCACCCCGGCCACCUCGCCGCCGUGCGCAAGACCAUCGGCGACCUCCGCUGCCAGCCGUCGUCCGCCACGGGCCCCGGCGGCGAGCGCCUCGAGGUCCUCCUCGCAGAGACGAACAGGGAGGACAACACGUACGACGGAAUCGACUGGGGCGGCGAGCGCGUCGCGGAGGAGAUCUACGAGCACAUCAAGCAGCUCGAGGAGGCCGGGAAGAAGGUCACCCGGUUCUCCAUCACAGGGUACAGUCUGGGGGGGCUGAUCGCGCGCUACGUUAUAGGCAUCCUUUAUCAGCGGAGGUUCUUCGAGACCGUCACUGCGGUCAACUUUAACACCUUUGCGACACCCCACAUUGGGUUGCCGAAAUAUCCCACCGUGUUCUCGUCGGUGACUUCGUAUCUGGGGCCCAAAUUGUUGUCGAGGACAGGAGAGCAGUUCUGGGCCAUAGACAAGUGGUCCGCACGGGGACGACCUGUGCUGGAAGUCAUGGCGGAUCCUGACCGGCCGUUUUACCAGGCGCUCUGCUUGUUUCGGCACCUGCGCAUCUACGCGAAUGCGGUCAAUGACAUGACUGUCGCCUACCCGACAGCGGCGAUCGAGGAUGAAGAUAUUUUUGUGAACCACGCAACCAACGGAAUCAACAUAGAAUUAGACGAACAAUACUCGCCGAUAAUCAAGUCUUAUUCCCUGCCGGAAGUCCAGCCUGCUCAGGCUCCACCACCAAAGCCAUUGACAGCAGACUGGUGGAAGCGAUUCCGGGUGUCGAUGCCCCCAGCACUGCAGUUCAGUUUCCCUUACAACAUUCUAAUCUACAUCUCACUACCCAUUGUCUUCCCACUCCUUCUCACUCUCAUUCUCAGCCGCCUUUCCCUCGCCUCCCGCGCCUCCCGCCAGCGUCUCAAACAUCUUGAAAAGGACGAGUCCUCGGUAGACCGUCUCAUACACGUUCUUGCGAAGCUAGAGCGCGAUGUCGAGGACGCCGUUGCGGACAUCAUCGACGACCCGGGAGCAAUGCCCGCCUCGGUCGGUGCGUCCGCCCAUACCCUGACCCCAGACUCAGAGACCCACGCGGGCUGGACGACCCCUGGCCUGGAAAAGGCGGUGGAGGCGGACACGCCGACUCGCCCACAGCACGUCAUCCUGUCCGAUCUGCAGCUGAGGCUGGUCAAGAUGCUGAACACCCUGCCGAACUUGCAGAAGGAGCGCGCGUUCAUACACCCGGUGCGGAACGCACAUGCGGUGAUCGUCUGUCGGGACCUGAAGCGGUUCGAGUUCCACAAGAUGGGCGAGGGCGUGCUGCGGCACUGGGCCGACCAUUUCAUCAUGUAA